CAAUCAGAGGAUUGUUUUUCCUGUCACGUCGGUGCACGGAUAGUAAGCUAACGGAUAUUGCAAACACAAACUUAUAUAAAGAACACGGGUUCCUUCUAAAAAGGUGGCGAGGCAGGGAAAGGUUUCCUGUUUGGACCGAGUCUUUCUUGUUGGACUUUUAUUCGUGCGGCCGUCGGCACGAGGACACAAUAAUUGGGUAACGUUAGCAAUAGCCUGCUAAUUGUGUUAACGUUCCGCAAGGCCGCGGGGAUAUAGCUGCUUCCUGUUUUCGCUCCUUUGAGAAUGUAGGUUACGUUACGACCCCGAUUUACAACAUCCCAGCGGUUGUCCGAGCAGCCAGAUCAGCGGUGUAACCGAUUGCUGAUAAGUUUGUUUUAGUCGCGCUUGCAGGCUACCUAGCUUGUUCGCUAUUCAGGCUAGCUAGCUAGCAUGAGUGAACUGACGGGCUGCAAACAGUCCGCUGACUCUGCGUCGAGGAAACGGUGUCCGUCGCCCGGCCGCGAUGAAGGCAGCGCGGUGCCCAGCAAGUCCACGAAAGUAACUGACGCGCCGGAUGAAGCCGAGGUCACUUCGGAAAGUUGCAGAAACAGUGAAGCCGAUAGCAAAGAAAUAGCCGGGAGCGAGGGCCAAUCAAAAGAUAGUGAGGGAAAACCAGCUGCCGUGCGAGCGGAUCGGGGUUCAGACCGCACGGACGGCACCAGCGCACUGCCUGUUAGAAACUCCGCUGUUGACGGCCACGAUGCCAGCAACGCAGAGAAGCCACAGUCCUCGCGGGCACCUGGAUCUGCGGACGCAAAGGAAGACGCAGCGAAGACUGCGGGAACAAAGCCGCUUCCCUCGGCGUCCCUGGACCAGACCGACUCGGCAGCCAUCGCAGCAGCCGAAGCACUUGCCAGUCUCACUGGAGGAGACGGCGAAGACAGUCGAGAGACUCCUUGUUCAUCUGAAAAGGCUAAACAGGUGAAACCGGGGAGCAAGUUCAAACAACGUGGGAGCCACCACUCCUCCAGAACGGGCUCUAAAACGCAGGCAGCUGCUGCAGACAGCUCCACGUCUGUGCACAGCACUGACAGAGAAGAUGCAGAUGAGAUGCCAGAAGCAGAUGAAGGCGACGAGUCUCUAUCUGGAUCUACCUCCACGCCGAGCUCGUCCUUCCCUUCGGACAAUGAGGACAAUGAUGACGGGGAGUGUGCCAUUGUGUCAGUCAAGAUGGCCCCGGAGAUGAGGCAGUCGGUGGCUCUCCUGGCGCAGGUACAGAUGAGACUGGAAGCUCUCGAGAAGAAAAGCGCCCGGCUCCACCAACGGCUGGAGCUGAAGAUCAGUCGUCAGCGGCGUCCACAUCUGGAUCAGCGCAGCUCCAUCACAAAAACUAUCCCUGGCUUCUGGGUGACAGCUCUGUUGAACCAUCCUCAUCUCUCCGCUCACAUUGACGAGACUGAUGAAGAUGCUCUUAGUUAUAUGACUGAUCUUGAGAUUGAGUCCUUCAAGAAUAAUAAACUGGGCUACAGGAUCCGCUUCCACUUCAGACGGAACCCGUAUUUCCAGAACAACAUCAUCAUGAAGGAGCUGCACCUCGGGAUGGGAGGAUCUCCCAUGUCGUUCUCCAACCCCAUCCUGUGGCAGCGUGGUCAGAACCUGACGACCCAAAGCGAACCCAGGAAGUCGUCGCGCGGGGUCUACCAGACCUUUUUCAGCUGGUUCAGUGACCAUAGCAACCCAGGACAAGAUGAUGUAGCACAGAUCCUUAAAGACGACCUGUACAGAGACCCUCUGAGGUACUACCUGACUCCACUGUGGGAACCGAGGGAGAACGGCAGUGGUGGCAGCGGGGCCAGAGCAGCUGACAACGGUAAUGGAGAUGACUGUGUGGUGAUCUCAGACUCAGACGAUGAGCCUGGUGAGGAAGCUGCCGAGGUUGAACAAGGCCGCAGUAGGCACGAAGAAGAGGAGGAUGACGAAGAAGAGGAGGAGGAGGAUGACGAUGACGAUGAAGAAGAAGAAGAAGAAGAGGAGGAAGAGAAGGGACCAAGUGCUGAUGAGAGUCCAGAGGAGGAGGAUGAUGGUGGAGAAAUUGUGAUUGACGCCUCUGAUGACAGUGAGCAGGAGGACGACGAGGCCUGAAAAAGAUGUGAAGAUGAUGAUAAGGAGGAGGUUUAUGUCGAUGAAGAAGGCAAGUCAUCAUCAAGGGACCAGAGACCAGGAAGAAGAGGAUGCCGAGGUUGAUGAACAGUACCAGAGCAAUGUCAUUUUUAUGCACAGAAUAUCAGUUUUUGUUUUUAUACCUAAAAUAAAUGGGAGCAUUUUAAAUCAGGGUUAACUGUAAUAAUAAAGCCACGGCAGCACGGUUUCCCCUCUAUUUUAUACAGUCACCACUGUGUGUUCUGAUUCACCUUUUGCAAAAUGUUUUUUUCUAAACCGGUUCUUAGGCAUAUUAUGCCAGUUGUGUUCUUCUAUUAAAAAAGGAGCAUCAUGCAGCAGCCUGCACACACGGGGUGAAAUCUUGUUUGCCACUUCCUGUCGGCGUAACAUUUUGCAUUGCAAAUUCUCCAAACGAGUAGUGCAGAAGCCUUCAGUGGCAUUAUUUAGUGGUCAUUUCAAGGCAAAGUUUUGGCUGUUUUUAGAGGUGACGUGACAAGCUAAAUUGAUACUAAUGGCAGUACUUUUUAGAUGCACUUAGUACUGAACCAAAAUUUGUUCUCAGGGAUGAUCAUGGUGGUAGUUUUGUUGAACCAUACCGAUUUCAGACAUUUACACUCUGGUUAUUGUUGGCUGUGUAUAAGGAAACGUGUACUCUACUGUAGUAAAUAGGAACCAAUAUUGUUUUAAUAUGCUACCUGUGUUUCUCCUUCAUCUCUAUUUUCCGUCGUGUUAUGCACCAACCUCCACCCCUGUUAACAAUCUGUAAACCAUCUAUGAAGUUUAAAAUCAUGACGUAUGACCAGCGUUUCUGUGGUUUCCUACAUUUUGUAACGCACUCGUACAAUAAAUAGCUGAGUUUUGUAUCCUUGUUUUCCCCCCUGUAGAAUUUACCUUAAUUUUGAAUUUCCUUCUUAAGACAUUUAAGAUUUGUUUUCAUGUAAUGUGUUUUACGGUUUUCGUUAUCUUCUUUAAAAAAAAAAAAGAUGGUAUUUAUUACAUUGUUUUUCUACACAUCCACAUUAUGGCAUGCCUGUGAGCAUGAAAUGUAAGAAAGGACGAUUACAUUACUUACAAGGCUUUUAAUGUGCACGGUGUCAGUAAAUGUCGAUGAAUCCACAGCAACAUUAUGGGGUGCACUGUAACAAAUUAGUAUUUGUAUUUGCUUACUUUUCUUAGCAAUGACCUGUAAAUAAUAUUCCAGCAUUGUCUUUUGGAUAAGACAAGUACACGUGUUUAAUCCAUGGAUAAAUUUAUCAAAUAAUCUGAAGUUUUUUCAUAAACAUGAUCAGAAAGUUAUAUUUUGUGUGCUGUGUUUUAUAGAACACUGUAGUUUAAAGAUACCUACUUGAUUGUUGCUUUGGUUUAUUUUGUUUGCUUAAAAAUAAAUGUCCACCUUUUGACUCAGACCUAAUAAAAUAGGCAGUUGUUCCACCUUGCUGUCUCGGACUACA